AUGUCUUUAACAACUGGGGUGCACUCAACCGCGCAAGGGGCGUUCGUCAAGGCUUUCAGUAUCUGGCAAGAUAAGCAGAGAAGCCACCUCCGAUCUACUGCGGAUAAGAGUAUUAAAGGGGCCAUGGCUAUUGAAGUUCAGUGGUCGGAAACGCGAGCAAAACUUAAGGCAGACGCGAAGUUCUGGCUUGACGAGUCGAAGGGCGAUGUCAGUGUGGUCAUUACGGUUUCUAUCAGUUCCAACGGCAAGAUCUCCAUCGAAAGAUGGAAUCUAAGCCAACAAUCUGGAGAUCCUUUCCCUACUCAAACCAUGGCAAUCGAGCGACUCCCUGAUGGUCCCAGGAUCACCGGCGAGAUGAAAGUCAACUUUUGCGACAUUUUCCUUCGCGAUAAGCAGGCUGCGGAGUCUGACUUUGAGAUUUCACAUGAUAACUUGAUCGAAAUGGCCGAUGAUGUGUGGCUUGAACUGGAUCUAUGGAACGCCGCUCGACGUGGGAGCACGCCUUAG